AAGUACUUGGCAUUCGUCUUCGAUCACCAUCAGCAGCGUUAUGUCUACCACAUUUUGGUUUUGCUUUUACGCGUCCCUGAUCUCGGUCAUGGCCUACUCGAUCAACCGAAAUGUACAUCUUCCGAAAAACAAUUGCGAUUCAUAUUUUACAUAUGGAACUAUGAACUCGGGUAGUACCUUCAUAGGCAUUUUUACGGCCCACAGGACCGACCUCAAUGAAUUCUACUGGGAGGCAGACUUCACGGCACACGGCGCAGACGUGGAUCAAGUUAAUAAUCUCUAUCCGUAUCCCAGCGAAGAAGAGUGUUAUGCCAACAUCAGAAAACGAGAACCCGCUCAGAUGUACGUGAUCUUUGGGAAUAUUACAAACGAGUUGCCCAUGCUGACUGAUUUUAAGAUCAAUGGAGACACGCUGUGCAAAAACGAAAAGUAUCCACCACCCAUAACCACAACUCACGUUGCUCGCAGACUGACUGUCGAUCAAAUACGUAGUGGGUUGACAUUUAGGAAAAAUUAUUAAGAAAAGAUCUGCAAAGAACUUAAAUAAAGUGCAGAGAACUAAAAUAAAAUCACAUACCUGUCAACAACAAAAAUAUAUAAAAUAAAUACUACGAGAAUAUCAGUUACUAAUUGGAUACGUUGUGACUAGGAA